GUGACGAGAUUUCCGGUAAAAGUGAGCGGGGCCCUAACAACCGGAGCAGGAGGAGGCGGGAGUGUGGAGAAGGGUGGAGGUGAUCAGACCCGGGGUCUUGAAGAGAUGUCUGUACUUAACGGAGAUGCAGAUGGACCAACUGCAGCAGCAAUAGUGACUGAAGUGAAGGAAGGUUGUCUUGAAAAUGGAGAUGUGGGAACUAAGCAGCGUGACUGCCCACAGGAGGGUUGGGUCACCAUUGGAGCAACCGUUCCGACUGGCUUUGAGAACACUGCUGCUGACGAAGUCCUGGAAAAAAUUGGAUCUGAAUCCAGGAUCAGCAAGGAUCGAGGAAAGAUCUAUUUUGAGGUUGCGACAGAUAAUCUUUUUCAGAUUCAUCUUUUGAGAUCUGUUGAUAAUUUAUUUGUCGUUAUCCAGGAGUUUCCUCAUUACCACUUUGGUGAAACCAAGGAAAGUGUACUGGAGGACCUCAGACAGUUGGCUGGCCAACUGCUAUGGACUUGUCCCCUUAAAGUAUGGGAAUCGAACAACAGUCUGAAGAAGAGGAAGGGCCAACGCAGGAAAGGCAGCCGAGGAGGAAACCCAAGUCUAGAAGCGUCACAAGAGACUGACAAAAAUAAAGAUAGCCAAUUGGCCCCUGUUCCCUCUGGCCAAACAGCUACCAGAGAUCAGCUGCCUGUCAUGAUGGGAUUGGCCCCUUCCAAUUCUGAGGCAAGUGGCGAUCAGCCCUGUGAAAUUGAGGAGGUCACCUUGCUCUCCAGCAGUGCAGUCACUGAUCAGAUGGAGCUAAACGAUCGAGCAAAGGUUUCACCUGAGGGGCUUCUGUCCAACAGAGACAAAGACACAUCUGUAGGUGAGGACGAAGGGAAGGCCUGUGGACUACUUCGGUUUCGGGUCACCUGUAACAGAAGUGGGGAAAAGCACAGCUUCACCUCAAUGGAGGCAGCCAGAGAAUUUGGUGGAGCAGUGCAGGAUCUGUUCAAGUGGAAGGCUGAUAUGACCAAAUUCGAUGUGGAGAUCCUCCUGAACAUUCAUGAUAAUGAAGUAGUAGUUGGUAUAGCCCUUACAGAGGAAAGUCUACACAAGCGUAACAUAACACACUUUGGGCCUACAACUCUUCGAUCCACUUUAGCCUAUGGGAUGUUAAGGCUUUGUAAUCCUCAGUCAACUGACAUCAUUGUCGACCCAAUGUGUGGAACCGGAGCUAUACCGAUCGAGGGAGCUUUAGAAUUUUCACAGUGUUACUUCCUUGGUGGAGACAACAAUUUACUUGCUGUGAACAGAUCCGUAAAUAACAUCAACUCUCUACAGAAGAAGAGACUGGAGAAGGGAAGGAUUACCUGGGGCUUGCCAUUAGAUGUUGCCCAGUGGGACAUUUGUAACCUUCCCCUGAAGACCAGUUCUGUAGAUGUGGUUAUAUCAGAUAUGCCUUUUGGAAAGAGAAUAGGCUCGAGGAGGAAAAACUGGGACCUGUAUCCAGCCUGUCUGAAGGAAAUGGGGCGCAUUUGCAGACCAGAGACUGGCAGAGCAGCCCUCCUAACGCAGGACAAGAAAUGCUUUAUAAAGGCCAUGUCAAGAAUGGGCCACCUCUGGAAGAAGUCUCAUACUGUCUGGGUGAAUGUCGGUGGGCUGCACGCUGCUGUAUACCUGUUGAAACGCACUGGUUUUUCUUUUGACAAGUUAUUUAAGACACCCCAAGAAUCUGCUCAUAAUGAGGAGAUACCCUGUAAAACAGGAGCAGAAGAAUAGAAGGAGCUGGGAGUGUACGCUUGCAAUGGAAAACAUUCUGUUUGGGAUAAAUAUGAGCCUUAUUGGAAAAGAGGAGAAGGACAAACUUUUGCUGUACAUCCAGUAGAACAUAGUGGGGAGGAAAUUUGUGUGCUGUCUUGCCAGUUGAUGAUGGAUGCCAUUUUCAGACUUCUUGAGCCUCACCUUCUUGGCUGAAGGACAUAUGGUGAUGGUGUACAGCAUUACAAGGGCAAACACUUCCAAGAAUUCAGAGGAGAAAGAGAGAGAUCAGUUUGAAGAAAUUUGCCAGGACAGUAACACUGGAAAUGACCAUUUACCUCUAGGAAACAAGUGAGAAUGUCCCCAUCUUCAGUUAUGCCCAUGUCUAUUGCCAUGGGCAAUAGACCCAGCGCUGGACUUUGACCAACGUUUCUCAAGUUGGUUGUUAAUAUUGGUAAGAUGUACAGGACCAAGAAAAAAUGGGAUGCAAACAAUGGGCAAAAUCUUUCCUUCAAAUGAGCCAGAGGCAACAGUCCAGAAACAUUGAAUGCACUUCAGUUUCAGAAUUUCCUGUUCUGCCAUUGUUUAAAACUAUAUGGAAAUCUUGUUAAAAGUUAACAGCCAGUGGCAAACAUUUAAUUUUUUGGGGUUGUCAUAUUAUAAUAGAGGCUGGAAGGUAAAUGUUUAAUUUCCUCCUUUCCGAAAUGUUUAAUCUUCCCCUCUGCCAAAUGGUAAUUCUCCCCCUCUGACACUGUUGAAUUUUUCAUCAGGAUUUAUUUUCCCUCAUCCCACCACUGUCAUAGCUCUUUUUAAAGUCUUAGGCUCCAAUACCUCGGUUUAUGACUAUUUUGUCCUGUACGGUAAUGGUACAUACGAACCAGAAAUGUUCCCGGUUCAGUGCCUGGACGGUGUUCCUACAGUUCCCCUCAUCACGCUGAAACAGAGUCAGGAUUUCCACUCCUCAUCAGAGCAAGUGUGGGAAUGUUGGCUGAUAUUUCCCCAUGGUUGAAUAUUUGCUGCUUAAGUUCAUAGGGGAAGAAUGGCACUAGAAGCUGCUAGCUGUCUGAGCUACAUUUGACUCCUGCUCCAUCAUCAAAACCCUAGUAUUGAGAGAAACUCUGACAGUAGUCCUUGGUGCUGCAUUCAUAUUCAUGCAUUUAUCUGGUGCCUUAUCACGUCAAAACAAAAGCAGAAUCUGAGUGCUUCACACAAUGAAUCACUGAAGGGACUGCUGAUGUAGCCAUGAGACAUUCCCUGCAGCCUGCUGUGUAAUAUGAAGCAGGACUGGUGGGCAUUAUGUGCAAGAUGCUUUGUCUUCAGUUCGAAAAUUAAAGACUACUUACAGGCUGACCUAAUUGUCCCUCUCACACCUACAACAGGGCUAAAAUAUAUAAUAGAAAUACCAAGGGCUGACAGAAUCUGUAGAGAGAAAAACUGUUAAGAUUUCAGGUCAAAACUUCUCAGCUCAUGUUUCUCUUUCUACAGAUGUUACCUGACCUGAAGAUUUCCAACAUUUUGCUUUUAUAAACUGGUGACAUUAAACUGAAAAUUUGCCCACUGCUUUGAUGUACUGAGAGGCGUUGGUGAGAGUGCAUCUGAACUCAUAUAUAUGAAUAUGUUGUGUCUUAUUUGAAAAUUAUUUAAAUUUUACAAUAAAGGUUUGGAUUCGA